UCCCGGCAUGCCCCGCGCGGUAAUAUGAGCGUCCGGAAGUGCUGGCCGCAGCUCGGGGAGUGAGGUGGCGACUGCAGAGACUAGCAGCGGAGCGCGGGACUGUCGAGGGGCUGGUGCACCUACCGCCUGGGACCACUAAAGUGGAAAUGAUGUGAAGCACACCCUGUGGAGACGAGUAGGAAGGUCCAGGGGGCCAUGGCCUGGCCCAGCGUGUUCCAGAGAGGAGCUCUGCUCACCCGCUUCAGCCACCACCAUGUCGUCGUGUUCCUGCUCACCUUCUUCAGCUAUUCAUUGCUCCAUGCUUCAAGAAAAACAUUUAGCAAUGUCAAGGUCAGCAUCUCCAAGCAGUGGACCCCAAGUGCCUGGAACACGUCUGCAGAACUGCCAGUGGAGAUCUGGAGCAGCAACUGGUUGUUUCCCAGUACAGAGGAAGCCACACUUUUUCUUGGAACAUUGGAUACCAUUUUUCUCUUCUCCUAUGCUGUGGGCCUUUUCAUCAGUGGAGUCGUUGGGGACCGGCUGAAUUUGCGAUGGGUGCUGUCUUUUGGCAUGUGCUCGUCGGCAUUAGUGGUGUUCAUCUUCGGCACACUCACAGAAUGGGUGCACUUCUACAACAAGUGGUUCUACUGCAUCCUGUGGAUCGUGAACGGCCUGCUGCAGUCCACGGGCUGGCCCUGCGUGGUGGCCGUGAUGGGCAACUGGUUUGGCAAAGCUGGCCGGGGUGUGGUCUUCGGUCUCUGGAGUGCCUGUGCCUCCGUGGGCAACAUCUUGGGAGCCUGCCUUGCCUCUUCUGUCCUGCAGUAUGGCUACGAGUAUGCCUUUCUGGUGACAGCAUCUGUGCAGUUUGCUGGUGGGAUCGUCAUCUUCUUCGGACUCCUGGUGUCACCAGAGGAAAUUGGUCUCCCAGGUGUUGAAGGAAAAGAAAACCUUGAAGAAGACUCACGUAGGCCAUUAAUUAAUGCCGAAAAUGAAGAUGAAUAUGAGGCUACUUAUUCCAUCCAGGAGGCCAGUGCCAUCACUCAAGUGAAGGCAAUAAGCUUUGGCCAGGCUUGCUGCCUGCCCGGAGUCAUCCCGUACUCCCUGGCCUAUGCCUGCCUGAAGCUGGUAAAUUACUCCUUCUUCUUUUGGCUGCCCUUCUAUCUGAGUAACAACUUUGGCUGGAGGGAGGCUGAAGCUGACAAGCUGUCCAUCUGGUACGAUGUCGGUGGAAUCGUAGGUGGGACGCUGCAAGGCUUCAUCUCGGAUGUCCUGCAGAAGAGAGCACCGGUGCUGGCCCUCAGCCUGCUCCUGGCAGUCGGCUCCCUCGUGGGGUACAGCCGGUCUCCCAACAAUAAGUCCAUCAAUGCGCUCCUGAUGACGGUGACAGGAUUUUUUAUUGGUGGUCCCUCUAACAUGAUCAGCUCAGCCAUUUCUGCGGACCUGGGUCGCCAGGAGCUGAUCCAAGGCAGCAGCGAGGCUCUGUCGACCGUCACGGGCAUCGUCGAUGGGACUGGGAGCAUCGGCGCUGCUGUGGGCCAGUAUUUGGUGUCUUUGAUCCAGGACAACCUAGGCUGGAUAUGGGUUUUCUACUUUUUUAUUCUCAUGGGAGGUCGCCUCUCUGGUGCAGAGGAGACAAGCUCACGUAUUGAGCGAGUGACUGGUGCUCACGAGGAGAAAAGGACAGUGGGAACACACAAGGACUGUCAGGUCUUGGGCCGUCUCCGUGCCAGCUUAACCUCAGCUUGGGAGGCCUCACUGCUGCUGGCCACCCGGGACACCUGCCAGCAGGAAGGCUGUGCUGUUUUUCUACACUACAGAAUGACUGUGAUAGCUUCUAUUGUUGUGUCCUGAAUGUACUGAGUGGCGUGAGAAGCCGCCAGCAUCCUCACUUGGCUUGCGGUUUGUUCCUGUAACCUUAAUUGUCCCAGCCUUGGAGCUUGUUCACCAGCCUCGAGACUUGAGGAGGCAGAGCCAUGCGUGGUCUGUACCCAAGAUGAAUAGAAGGGCCAUCGAGUUUGCUUGGGUAAUACGUUUGCAGAGCACGGCUCACCUUUGAAGCAUUAAUCAUGAUGCAGCCGGGGCUCCAGCUGAUCGAGCUAUGAGCCUGCCUCUGGUAAAGAACGCCUUACCGCCUAGGUGGGGGAGACCACUACCUGCCUGCUCUCCAUCUCCAAGGCAACCGCUCUAGAAGCAGACACAUCUUCGUUUACUGGCGACUUGUUCUCCUCUGACUCCUCGCAGAUGACUUUGGCUCCUGACGUGUUUGGUCUUUCUCUGUAAUGUUCAGUGUCGUCUUGACCAUUCCAUUGUGUGGCCCUCAACCCCGGAUCUGUGGCCUGGGGACUGUGGGGUCCUCUGGGAGGUAAUCCUCGGGUCCCUGUUUUGGGAGGAUGGAUCUCUGUCACAAGCAGGUUCCUGGAGUUGACCUCAGCAGAAGACUAGAAUUAGAGAAGGGGAGAGACGUGUUGUCCCAGAGGUGUGAACUGUGUGUGAUGGGUCACGUUGGUGGUUCCCAGGGCCCAAGAGGUGUCUCUUCUUUCAAAGGUGUUGAGUAAUAUGUCUCUAAGGCUGUAGAUUUGAUAUUAAUCAGUACGGGCUGGGGAUUUAGCUCAGGGGUUCCGCCACCUGCCUCGAAAGCGCAAGGUCCUGAGUUUGAUCCCUAGUACCAAAAAGAAAAGAUAUUAAUCAAUAUGUUAAGAUCACUUUAUGUAUAUUUUAAAUUAUGUAAACAAAUUAGAAAAUGUGCAAUUUUGAGGGAUACAUUGGGUUAGGGAAUAUUUUUUUCAAUCUCUUACCUUAUUCUCUGAAAUGUGGUUUGUUGAUGAACUUGUUAAUGUUAUUUAAUCAUGCAGGUUUCUGGUCACUUUAUCCAUCAUUUAUUGACAUAAAGGAAAAAUAUGAAACACAGGAAGAGAAAACAAACUGACUUUUGUAAUAAAUAUCUCUUCUUUUGGUUAUUUAAACCUC